AUGUUAAAUUUGAUACUGGAUACAAGCAGGAGCAAAAGGGUUCUUAAUCUCACGGUCUUCUCAAUCUCAUUCUCACUCUCACAUAGCAGCGAAGGCAACGAUCUGCAUCGGAUUUGCGAAGGCUAUGAUCUCCAUUGGAUUUGCGAAGGCAACGAUCUAGCGGCGGCGAUCUCCGUCGGCGUUACCACGGUGGUUCUCCAGCGUGGUUUCCCCCCUUUCUCAGGGAGGUUGGUUAAGAGAGCAUAUGAUGCAUUGUUGUUGGACGCUGGUGGCACUCUUUUGCAAUUGGUGAAACCUGUCGAAGAGAUUUACGCAUCAAUCGGCAGAAAAUACGCUUAUGAUGCUCGUGGAUUAUGGUGGCUCAAUUUUUCCAAUCAUUGCUCAUUCCCCAUGGAAUGGUGUACACUUGGCAAACUUUGUGAUGCUUUUCUUCCUUUUCAUUGCUGGGGUUUCUCUUGCACUUGGAUAUAAGAGAGUUUCAGACAGAGUAGAUGCUACACAGAAAGCAUGGCUUAGGGCGUUGAAGCUUUUUUUCCUUGGUGUUUUUCUUCAAGG